AUGGAUCCACAGACACAGAAGGAGGACAACGUGAUGGGGGUUGUACGUUGUGUGCAGGAGAAGGGAUAUGGUCGCACCUCCUUCUUGACGUACAAAAAGCGCUUUUGGGUAGUAGAUCAAACGCAGGGUCGUAUAGAAGUCUACAAGAAUGACCAGGAGCCCUUUCCACUGGCAAAGUACAACGCCUCGGAGGUACGUGGGGUCAUCUUUUCGGGCUGCAAGCAAAAUAAAUUCUACCGUCUUGUGCUGCAGCUGCGGCAUGCCCGAAAUGUUAGAUUCCGGUUGAACUCCAUGGCCGAACGUGAUCGCUGGUACGCCGCCAUCACGCGACUCAUCGAACGUUAUCCGGCGUAUAACCGGGACCAAAAUGUCCUGCGUGUUGCCCAACGACGAACGAUGACUGCGGAGCGGUCGCUCGGUGUAAGCAUUACACUAGCCAUAGCGGGUUUGAGCGAUAUUCCCGAUGAUCUUUUGCAAUAUUUGGUUGAGGCGGUCGAUAUGGCGAUUGAGACCAUUUCUUCGGUGGUUCAAAAAUAUGGCAGCGAAAAUGACAUUCCGAGGCGAUACACGGUUACGGUGGCUACGGCCUCUGGGUCGCAGCCUAACAUUGGGCCGCAGUAUGAUCCCACCACACGUAGUCUUGUAAUGAACGUAACAAUCACCCGCGAUAUCAUGGGAAAUGUGCGCUUUUCUGUUGCGAAUUCUAGUGACAUUAUGAAAAUAACUCAAUCGCAUGUAUGGCGAGAUCCUCGUAUUGAGGGAUGGAUCACCACAAGCAAAAGCUGUGUUGCAGUUUGUCGUGAUAUUGGCGAACUGUUGGGAAUCAAGAAGCCCUUCCCGUUCACCUUUCAGUGGAGAAAAAACCUGAGGGAUACAGUCCGUGUAGAGCAGUAUCUGCGCCGUCAUGUACACGAGGAAUUCCUGCGAAAUGUGCAGCAACAGAUUGUGCAGGUCGCAGAAGAAUUUGGACGUGAUGAAGGGGUAACAGAUGACUCUGUAUACAUCAAAUACAUUGGAGACUACGUCUCAGGAAUAGCCAUUACACUUGACGAGAAGACCGUCGAUGCGGAUAAACCCCCCGAGUUGUUUGUAACGACUACUGUUGAGUAUCAGCAGCGUUGUAGACAUGCUGUAGUGAUGAUAUCCAGAUACUUUGAAGCGUAUCGAAAGCCGCGUGUUGUGGCCCAGUCGCUACGUGAUCAGCUUGUAAAUGUUGUUCUUCUUGCAGAUCUUAGCAAGCGUAUGAGCGAGGUCAGAACCUCCAUUGCUCAAGUAUUAGGAGGAAAUGGACGUGUAAAGAUCAUAUGGGACAAUCUUUUACGUUCCUGUGCAAAAGUAUCAGUUCCUUUGCUUCUUCGUGGUUUAUCACACCUGGUUCUUUCAUGCAGCAAUAUUUAUGUAGAACGACUUGAAGGCAUUCGUCAGCUUUUGAGUGGCAUUACAUCCUCAAAUGAGGGCUAUUGUCCUCUUUUCGGAACGAUAUUUAAAAAUAUCAAUUCUAUUGUUGUUGACUUUGUUCCUUUUGUGACAGGUAAAACGUUAACUCUUCCCGAUCCCCAGUUUCAGCAAGGCAUUUUAACGGACUACUUUCUUUGCUCAACGGAGGGGGAUCAGGGUGCCAUGAUGGAUCUUGUGCGCAAAUGGCGUGUUGUGCCGCAGGCCAAUCAAGCCUAUGCCGUUGUAUCCCAGUUAGUUAUUUUUCCUUCUAUGCCCGUUGCAACGUUUAGGGAGUGGUGUGAGGAGCAUUUACGUGACAUCCCAGAAGUGGACGAAUACGUAGACACCGAUGAUUCAUGCUCGUGUUCCUCUAUUCCUUCAGAAGACUUUGGGGAUGCGGUGGCAUUUGAGCGUAGUGCUGAAACACAAGUUCUUGAUAUGCACCGAGUUGUCAGCUUGAUAUAUGACUCACAAGGUGUUUCUGUAAGUCUUAAGAUUGGUGCCGAUGCCAUUUUUGAUGCUAUUAAUGCCCUUGAAGCGGCUUUUGACGGUCGUCGAAUUCGCAAGCAUGACUUGGUGCGGGUACUGAUUUCCAAUUUGCGACGGCUUCGUGUCAUGUAUAGCCACACCAUCGGAGGAGAAACGACAAGUUUUCUGGACCUUCAUUCCGCUGUAAAUUUACUUUACGAAUUGUGCGAAUACGAGGAAAGUGUCUCGGGACUGGAGGAAUUGCUGCACAAGUAUGCGUUACAACGGCGUCAGGAACUCAUUACAUUGGGAAAUGGGUCAAUUACGGAGCCAAACGAUGAGAUGCCUAUCAACUUAUCCGGGUGUGUAUAUGACUUUCAAUGCGUGUCGCGGGUGGCGUUGAAUCAUUUACUGCCGAUUGAGGCAAAGAUCGCUCGGCGGGGGUGGCGUGUAGGCUUUAUGGCAGGAUUAGAAAACGUUGGCAAGACGCUCAUUUUGAACUCCUUAAUGGGUCUUGUGCAGUCCACUAUUCCGACUGUUGGGUUGUCCAAACAAGUGGCGGCCUUUGAGGAAUGGAUAUUUUCGCUGAAUGAACUUGGCGGCCGCGAGAGUUUCCGGGAGAAUUGGCGUUAUUAUGUGAAACGCAUGGAGGCGGUGGAUUUUUUGUUGUUUGUAGUAGACAGCAUGAACAAGCGUGGCUUCAAGGAUGCCGCGGCCUAUUUGCGUGCGAUCACAGAUCAUUUUACCACUGUGCCACUCGUCGUUAUUUUCAACAAUUAUCGCGUGGGCUCCCGCGGAACGCCUCCUCUGAAGGAGUUGGAGGCGUCCAUUAAGUUGGACGUUGUGCGUCAUCGACAGGCGGCUCGCAGCGUGUUUGUCGGAACAUGUGACAUCACUGUGGUGAGUUCUUCCCAUCGCACUCUCCCGGCAACGCUCUUGUCUGCGCUAAAUGAACUGAGCACGUACUUUCGCCAGGUUUCGCCGCCGGAGCGUAUGGCUGUGCAACCAAAGGAAGGUGGCAAUUCAGAAGCCAUGUUGAUGAAGUUGUCAUCUUCCAUGGCAUGGCGGAUAUGA